AUGGAGAGCGCUCUGCUGUGUGCUUCUCGCUUUGUUCCUUCAACAAUUAAGCAUUAUAGUGAAGUGGGUGCAUUUGGAAGGAAUUUUCAUACUUCAUUUUGUGUCCAAGUGCCAUACAGCAAUUCCCUUUUGAGUAGAAAUACUGGAACUGCUCGUAGAAGCCGUAUUGUCAUCGCUUCAGUGGUUGGAAGGAAAGUUAAGAAAGAGACUAUCAUUCCUGACCCCGAUUACCGCAUCCCAGUAGUCCUUCUUGGUAUGGCUGGUGCUUUAGUUUAUGUAGAUAAUUUAUCAGCAGCAGUCCCCGUUGGUCUUCUUGGACUACUCCUAUUGGUCCAGACAACAAGAGUGAGAUUCGUCUUUGAUGAGGAAGCUCUGGAGGUGAAAAUUGGCGAUCAACUUCAAGAGUCAGGUCCAAAUGCUUUUGUGGGAGGAAAAAACCGCUGGAAGUAUUCAACAUUUGUGAACUGGGAGCUGUGGUGGCCUAAUUUCCCUAUUUUAGUAUAUUUUAAGGAGAAACAAACAAAGCCUGAAGGUCAAGUGCACUUUUUCCCAAUAAUUUUUAACGGAAAGCAACUUUAUGAUGUUAUGGUUGAAAGAUGUGGUUCUUCAAAAACUAGUGCACCCAAAUAG